CCACUCCCUAACACCCUAUAACUCCAGUGAGCUAUUGUCCUCUGCCUGCUAGUCUACCUAUGUAUCUUUGCUUGCAGCGUCCGAUUGGGCAGCUAGCAUGCCACUUAGGGACGUUAAAACUUUGGAGCAAAUAUGACGACAGAUGAUAGGAGCUCUUGUGUCAAUGGAGGGGUGAAAAAACAGGAAAACCACAAAAAUGUUAUCAGGCGGGAAGAGGGAGAGUUGGCGACAGAAGCAUAUCAUCCUCGCCCCAACAAGGCACAGCACACAAUAUUUAUUCAGAAUGUUUCCAAUGGGAACAGCAACUGAUCUCCAUUACUGCUUUUAAUCUGAUAACAGGCCUUAAUGUGACAAUCACGCCCUCUCCGUCAGACUCAAGUAGAAACACUUUGAAACUUCGUCACAUUUACUUCGAAACAUCACACAUUUCUAUGACAAGUUUCUUGUUUUGAUGCCACCAGUUUCCUGUGUCGUCCUCUCUACCCCCAGGAGUGUAGAGACACUUGGAAUAUACCCUGUGGUGUUCACAGUUGAAGACGGCGACAACAUCGCACAAAAUGGCACAGUGACACCUGGUGUUGGUUAGGAGUACCACUUGGGAUCCAAUUCUGCAUUGUCACUUGACAAGAUUUGAACGGUGUUCCGCCGUUCCCGGAGUCCCCCCAUACCAUGGCCGGAGAGGUACUGCCUGGGGUGCCGGGAGGGGAGCGGACCUACACCUCUAUACUCGGUGACCACCCAGGGGAACUUGUCCGCACCGGCAGUCCAAACUUUGUGUGCUCAGUCCUCCCAUCACACUGGCGAUCAAACAAAACUCUACCAGUCUCAUUUAAAGUUGUCGCUUUGGGAGAAGUUAAGGAUGGAACCAAAGUCAGCAUUAUGGCUGGGAAUGAUGAGAAUUACUGUGCCGAAUUAAGGAACGGUACCUCCUAUAUGAAGAACCAGGUUGCCAAAUUCAACGAUUUACGCUUCGUUGGAAGAAGCGGUCGAGGGAAGAGUUUCUCGCUGACCAUCACCGUGAGCACCAACCCACCAGAGAUCGCCAUCUACCAGAAAGCCAUCAAAGUUACCGUAGAUGGACCACGGGAACCACGAAGUAAGACAAAGCUCCACACUGACGACCGUCGGAUCCACCAUCGAGUCGGUCCCCUGGAACUGACACUGGAAAGGAGCCCCCUCACGGAGCCACUCGUGGAUCGCAGGUUCGCGCAUCUGGCUGAACUAGAGCGUCUUCGCCGCGUAUCGUCUGUACCUGCUGAUGUGAGAACACACCACACCACCGAUGUCAAUGGACUGCGCCCAACAGAAGUAUUGACGAAGCAGUUAGAAAGUACGCGGGGAGGGUGGGGUGGCUACGACACAGUGCCGUACACGAAGGACGUCAUCUACCCCACCAUCACCACCCACAGUACCCCACUGUCUCAAUCACAGUCUGUCAUUGUCUCACACCUUGCUGCUGCCCAUUCCUCUGCUGUAGAAUCUCGUGAGCGUGAAUCUCGCCUCCAAGGCCUGCAAGAACACCCUGUUGUCACCACCCACAGCCUCGUCCCCCAUGAGCGCCACCUACCCCUGGUGCCAGAAGCUCAGAGACCAGACUACCCUAGCCUAGAGCCGCGCCUGCCAGUGGAACGCAGAAUCACCAUAGAAUCUCGGCUCCCUCUUGUGUUGCCACCAUAUGCAAGUGCAUCUGAUGUUCGCCUCAGUGACCCGCGUAUACCGGAACCGUUGUACCCCGAGACAAGACCGUUGUUCGUGCCCCCUCAGACUCUGCCGUACACAGUCAGCAGUUCCAACCUAUCCAUUCUGGAGGAGAGCCGUGCAAUCUCUACUCUGCCCCUCGCUGUGACUCACGGGACGUACCCCGGUAUGACCCCUCAUGAGUUCUUUAGUUCCAUCAACCCUCCCAGCUCAAUUGCAGCGGCUGCUUCCUAUUUAGCAGGAAGUCCGCCACGAGUGCUGCCCCCUACCUUCCUGUACCCCCAUCUCUACAGCUCCUCCCCCCAACAGUAUCAGACACGCCUCUACCUUCCCACGGGGGAGGUCAGGACGUACGAGGUGCUCGGUCAAAGGCCGUCGGACCUUCCCCCAAAGGUUGAGAAACCCACUCCUGUGUCCCCAUCCUCCCGGUUAGCACUUGAAGGACCGAUCGCUCGACCUGUUCGAGAUGUUGAACUCACGGAGGAAGGGACAGGGUCUUCCGAUUCAUCAAGAGACAUACCACCAAGACAUGAAGACUCAGAGUCAUCCAAGUCUUCACCAAGAAGACCUGGUCAUGAUGAACCAGCACCUGUGUGGCGGCCAUAUUGAAAUGGUUGAUGAAAUGUGAUUCGGGAAUGUGACAGUUGGUCCCAUCCAACUCUUGUGCCUUGUUGAAGUGUUCAUGGUUUGACCUUGACCUUCAGAUGGAGACAUAAAUCUUAUGGAGGGCCUGAGCAGAAUGCAGCGUUCAAGAAAUUCUGGCUCUGCUCCACGUCCCUGGGAAAAUUGUGCCAUUGAUACUGACAGAGCUCUUGGUUUCAUGGACAGAAUGAAGCAAGGGAAACAGACAAGUGUUGAAAUGUAAGAACUGCCAAGCAGACAUCUUUGAGUUUGACCUUGAGCUUCUCGUCAGCUCCAGAACCUGUUCCGUAAUGACUAGCGGCGGCGUAGGACGUUGUUGUGGUUCCAGACCUUUGGAGCAGAGCAUUGGACCUGAACGCCGCACCAGAAUGCCACAGUACCAGAGCACUGAGACCAUCAUGGCAACAGAAUCCUGGCUAUCAGCCCAUGAGCAUUAUGUGAUGAAGUAGAGCAGCCAUUCCAGGCGUCGGAGUAUUAUGACAGAGGGUCAUGAAAUCCUGUGUUGAAUAUUUGUACAGAUUUUGUUGUUGAUAAGGCUUAAACAAACGGUUCCAAUGACAAGUCCGCCUGUGGUGGCAACCCAAGACAAUAUAUUGACCAUUGUGGAUGAAAGUACCAUUUUUACCCUGUAUUACUUCUGGAUCUAGAAGACAAUGCAUGAAAAAUGAUUUAUUAAGACACACCGGUACUCGAAAGCUAUGGAAGCAAAAUAAGAAAUAAUUGAAAACAUGUUUAGUAGCACCAACUUUGUAAUGGUUUUACAAGGAGAUUUUGGUCAUCUCGUGCUACUUGACAUUUUAUUGAGAUAAAUAUUUAUUUGAAGUUAAAGUACCGACCAGUUGCCGUUUUGGGACUGAUGAAAUCUACCAGAGUACAGACAUUAUACUCAGUAAAACAAUGCAUGAUGUGAUUUGUUGAUUUUAUCAUAUCACAAUUUAAUCAGUUUCUCCAAAUAAGGUAUUGUGAUAUGUAUAUCAUGAGUGUAUUACCUACAUCUUGGUGAAUCAUGUCAGACCUUAUUAUGGCUAGAUAUUUUUUCAGUAUUUUUUAUCUGUGAAUUGGGAGUAGAUUUACUUAUUUCUGACUUUUUUAAUUGUUUUUUUAUGUUUAUAUACAACAAUAUUUCCUUAUGGUAAUAUUGGUUUGUGAUUAGUCCUGCUUUAAAGCUUAGGUAUUUCUGGAGUGUUUUACAGCACACACAUCUAAGGCCACAAGAAGAGUUUUUCUUCUCUUCACUGAGAAAGAGUAUUUUGUUUAAUUUAAUUUAAUUUUUUUAUUUCCAAAUUGAAAAUUCCUAGUUGUACAAUAGAAAACAAUAUAAAGACGUUCCGUUUUGUAAAAUCACCAACAGCAUCACUGCCAUCAGAAUAGGUUGUAUCAAAAAGCGCAACUUUGGAAUGAAAACUAACACUUGAAAUGAGGAAUCGGAACAUAAUUUGACAUGCUGGUUGACUUUUAUAGAAACAAGAAAAUGUUAUCUGUGUCGUAACCUAGCCAUCAUUGUGUUACUUCUGUGAAGUGUGUCAGUCUCUUUGUAUUCCAUUCAAAGGUCACGUAUUGUGAUGUUUACAAACGUCCAGUUUCAGUCUGGUCACAAAACAUUCUAAAAAGUUAACAUUCAUACAUAAUAAUAGCUUAUGUAAAUAGUGCAAUAUUUACAAGGCUGUAUUCAGCUUCGUAGGAUCAUCAUGAGGAGACCAAUACACAAUGGGAAUUAAUCAAAAUUUCACAAAUCAAAGGUAUUUUGUACUUAUGAUGCGAGGGCUUCUGUAUAACAGAGAGAUGAGCACCCUAAGACCCUGUUUGGGCGUGCAAUUUGAACAAAGCCUCACCAGUUCAAUUGAGGUAUUGGACAUGGUUUAACCAUAAGAAACGCUGUCGCAGUAUUAUAUGACCUUAUAUGAACUAUAACCUUUAUCACAGUGGUGAAACUUAUCUAACAUGAUACUAAUAGGCAAUCUUUGCUAAGGAAAUUGUGGAAGAAAAAAUUUACUUCUUGUGAUUAAUUAAUUUUUUUUAAGAAAACAAAUAUGGGUGAAAAUAAUUUCAAUAUUUAUUUGAGAAUUUUGGUUUUAAUAAGAAGUUAUCAAAGAUUAUUUUUAAUUGUUUUCAGCAACGGUUCAUAGUGCUUAUGAGUUUUGAAGUCUUGGUUAAGGAUUUUGCCCUACAAUGUACAUCUUGUAUUGGAUAUACAUCGGGAUGUGAAUUGUGCUUAGUCCGUAGUACCUGAAUUAUACAGUUCAGUAUUCACCAUUGAUAAAUUGUUCUCUGCUCUGCUGCACUAUGGAACACUGAUAGAUGGUGCAACCUUCACACUGUUCCUGAAGAAUUGUGAUUCUGGAAACAGACUUCUGCCUAUGCACUGAAUAGCAUUCAUGAACAAAGUAUUGCUGAAACAGCUUUAACAUCCCUGUUAUCCUGUACUAUAGUGAUGAUGCUGUGAGAGUUCACAUUAUUGGAGUACACAAUACUCGCAUGUCCGUGAACACGUGAAUACCCUGCUCAAUACAUCUGUUGUCCUGUAUAGAAGUGUCACAAGAUAUAUUGUCCAGCAUUUGUGAAGCUGAUGAUGUCCAUUAUUCCUGAUGUUAACACGUACAGCACUGACAACUGCUGAUCACCACUGGACCUUGUAAAGUGCUCAUUAGUGUUAGUUGUGAUUGUUUUGUCAUAUAUUUAUUUUUCUUGUACAUUUUUGAGUGCUUUACCAAAGAUAUGAGAAGUGUCAUCCCAACAUUACAAUUGUCAUGUCAUUUUCAUGAGAUUGUCAUGUUUGUUAUGCACAUU